CAAUAAAUUCGACAGACGUCGAAUCCUCGUGCUUUUCGGAGCUUAGUCACAGGCGAGAGCAGUCGAGUCGGCACCGAGCGGAACGCAGCGCAGCACAGCACAGCGGAUCGGGCCAGGGCACGGCAGCGACGAAGGACGAAGGACGAGGACGACUGACUGACAGACUGACUGCUACAUGAACUGAGGGUGGCGGAGCGGAGUGGAGUGGAGUGGAACGGAGCCGAGCCGAGCUGAGGAGACGGGGUGGAGACGAGGGGAGGUGUAUUCGAUUGAGUUCACGGAAGUCGUUAGCUGUCAUUUUCGCUGGAUGAGGUUGUACUAGAUCCAUGAACGGAGGGCGUGGAGAUUGAGCACAGAUCUUGAGUGAGGUAGAGUGAGAUUAGGGGCAGGUGUGGUCGUGUGUGAGCAUUUUUGGAUCUCAUCGUGGAACGAGGACGACGCAGCAGCAGCAGCAGCAGCAGCAGCAGAGAAGAAGAGACAGACAGACUCGAGCAGAAGUGCGACCGAGUUGCGAGCGAGCAGCAGCAGCAGGGUUGUGAGUGAGUGAGCACAGCACACCACCGCACCGGCCCCAGCAGAUUGGCUGAUGUAAUUGCUCUGCCUUUGCCAGCGACCGACGAGCUCGAUUUGCGGGACAGGGGAUUUGGGCCAAGAGCAGCAGCUUGUGAUGUAGAUUUGCCUUUCAGAGUAGCGGAUAAAGCGAGGGCACUGUCUGGAGAUUGGCCGUUGCGGUAUUGGCUAUGUAAUUGGUCGGACGACGAGGAGCAUUCUUUCACGAGGGACGUGAGCCUGUGAUUUACCAGGGGACUGCGGUUCUGGACAUGUAGUCUGGCGGUUUAGGGAGCAUCGAGGUCGCUCAGUAAACUUUCAUCUCUCGGACUGUCUUCUGAUUAGCAUGUAGUUGUCGAGCCUCGGGGGAGUCACUACAGCUGAUUAUGUAGAACACAGAGCAAGGAUUUCAUCGCAGCGGAGGAUGUAAAUCGUGGGAGGCGGAGUCUAACCCGUGAUAUCAUGUAAUCUGUUUUUCUGACGCUCUUUGAGAAAGUUCAUUACUGAAAUCAUCUGUCGGUCAUCCGAGAGCUGAUUAUGUAAUCAAUCUGGCCUAAUCGUCGGGAGAGUUGAUCAUGUAAUCUAUCACUCACAGUCCAGAGACUUAGUCGAUCAUGUAAACACCUGCCCACGAGAGCCGAAUCGAGUAGCUGAUUAUGUAAGCAAUCUGGAAAGGAGGUUAUGUAAACACGUGCCGACUGGAGUCCCGCAGCUGCGGCUGUACGCCGAAUAUCGGAGGGAGAUAGUGAAGAAGUGGAGUAAUCGGUUCAAUCAUGUAGCAAGAGAUCUGAGUUUUCGAAGUAUUGGUGGGACGCGUAAAGCUCACAGAUCUGGAGAGAGCGCAGAGAUAAGGGUGAUCAUGUAGGUCACAGGGCGGAUGCUAGAGCUCUCCCUUCUCUUUCCUGGUCGGACCGUUUUACUGCAAGAGGUCAAUCCGAAGGUUCGUGAUAUAUGGCAAUUGCAGAAUACCGGGCACAGACAAUUCUCUCUGUCAGAAGAAUAUUGAUAUUUGAUGACCGAUAGGGGAUGCCGGGCUAUCCCAACCCGUUGUUGAAUCUGCAGCCCAAGGAUCUUCUCGUACUCACGGAUUGCAGGUUCCUCCGAACGGACCUUUUCUAUAUAUCAUACAGCGUGAGGCAGUAUCCACGCUAGAAGGUGGAGGUAAUCAGUGGAAGUGGGGGUGAAGAGAGGAGAGGGCACUGAGUCAACCAUCGGUGGAAGUGGAGGUGAAGAGAAGGGAGAGCAUUCACUAACAUGCAGCAAGGAGGAGGCCAGGGCUCGGAGGGUCGCCAUCCCUCGAGCCCUCGGGGUGCAGGAGGAGGCGGAGGAGGAGGAGGAAAUCUCAACAAGUUCUCUCUCCUCGGCCAGCAGCUGACCUACGCACAGCAGCAGAAUCCUGCACCUCCAUCUAACAUGGGCUUCUCCCUGGGUGUUCACCCACAGCAGCAGCAGGUCCAGAAUCACCAGUCCCACUCGCAGGCCUUCGCGCAGGCUCAAACCAUGAGCGGUGGUGGAGGCGGCAACGAACGAGGGUAUGCUAAUUUUCUGCAGAGCCCGGGCGUGGUCGGAGGAGGAGGACCGUCCUUCAAUCAGAACAAUAACCAGAACAACGCUCAUUUCAUGAGCCAAGUUCCGCAGUCGGGGCAGGACUUGUUCAACAAAAACAACAUGGCAAUGGGCCUGCAAGGCUCGCAGGGCCAGGAGGCAAUAAUGUCCGCCCUGCAGAUAAUCCAGCAAAAAAUCGUCCAUCUUCAGGCCAUCGUCCCGUAUUUGGCCUCUGGUCAAGCCCAGGGCGCCGGCAACAACCAGGCCCAGCAACAGCAGACAGCCGCAGCCAGCACCAUCAACAUGAUCAACCAGCUCGCCGCUGUCGCCACCUCGAUGCUUCCCUGUCAGGCUCAAGCUCCCCAGCAGAGCCCGUCCGUCCCCAAUCAUCAGCAGCAGGGCCCCAUGGGCAGCAACAACUUCCCGGGCCCUCCCAACAACAACCAGCUGAGCGAGAUCAUCCAGCACCUGGGCGAGUCAAUUCCCCCGCAGGCCUUCAAUUUUUUCCAGCAGCAGGGGCCGCCCUCCAUGAACAAUCCCGCAAUGGGCAAUUCCAUGGCCAGCGGCUUCUCGGGCAUGCAAGGCAAUGGGAGCAACAACAAUCUGGCCGCAACUCUUCCGGGGCAACUGGGGGCAGGUCUCGUGGGAGGCCUGAGUGGAGUGUUCGGCUGCGAUGGAGGGAAUGGAAAUCCGAAUUCCGGGCAGAAUUUGAGGAACAAGGAGCUCGGCAGCGGGCUCAGCAACCAGAUGGGGAAUGGCAUUGCGAGGAACACUCUCGGGACUGCGGGCGGGGGAAUGGAAUCCAGCGUCAUGUCCAACAGGCCGUCGUCGCAUUCGUCCAUGGCGAACUCGCCCCCGCAGAUGGAUGAGGACGGAGGCCGAAGACGCGCGCGGGACGAGGACGAUGACGGCGAGGGCGAGAAGCUCGAUCCCUCGGAGUACGAGCUCAUCGAGAUGGACGCCAUCGAGAUUCUAGCAGAGCACACUCAUUUCUGUGAGAUUUGCGGGAAGGGGUUCAAGCGCGAUGCCAAUCUGCGGAUGCACAUGAGGGGCCACGGCGAUGAGUACAAGACUCCUGCGGCCUUGGCCCGGCCCGACAAAGCUGUGCACGAUCAGGCAGCUGUGAAAGAGCGGCGCUACUCGUGCCCUUACGCCGGCUGCAAGCGCAACAAAAAGCACCGCAAAUUCGCGCCCUUGAAGACGAUGCUGUGCGUGAAGAACCACUACAGGCGCAGCCACUGCCCCAAGAUGCUGGCGUGCCAGAAGUGCAAGAGCAAGAAAUUCUCGGUGGUGGCGGAUCUGAAGACGCACGAGAAGCACUGCGGCUGCGAUAAGUGGCAAUGCUCGUGCGGGACCACCUUCUCCCGCAAGGACAAGCUGCUGGGCCACAUUGCUCUGUUCCAGGGCCACACGCCCGCCGUGCCUCUGGGCGAUGUGGACGGCCACCGCGAGCUCGACUCCAUCGAUCUGAGCUCCUCCAACCCGAACCUCGUGCAGCAGCAGCAGCAGCAGUCUGUGAACAACUCCUCGGGCUACAAUCUGUCGGGCAAUAGCUCCGGGAUGGGGAGUGGAAUGGGGCUCUCAGGGCUCUCGUCCGGCAUGGGCGGGGGAGGCAAUGGCAACAGCCUGGGCCACGUGAUGACGGGCAUGCACGGCCGCAUCGCCGACGAGUCGGACGGCACGCCCUCGAACUCCUACUCUGGAGCAGGCUCGAGCCUUCUCCCCCAGUCCUCGAUGCUGUCCAAUCUCUUCACCAGCAACUUCAUGGAAGGCUCCAACGGAGGGAGCUCGGCCCACCUUCACUAAUCCGUAAUUGUGGAUUUGCAAGUCCUGGUUGUGAAAUCGUUCAGAUGUGGCCUUAUGGUCGGAUGUAGAGAGGUGAAAGCGACUUUGCUCUUCAUGUGGGCAGGGGCUACAGCUUGCAUUUCCAUGUGGUGACGUCGAGGACGAGGAGGAUGAUGAGGAGGAGGAGGAGGAGGAGGAGAUGGAGGAAGAGUGAGCGAGGAGGAGGAGGAGAUGGAGGAAGAGUGAGCGAGAGGUAGAGGUGGCUGAGGAACAGGCUCACAUGCUAAAAGGGAGGAUUAGCUCGAUGAUAGAGCAGAGGACUCGAUGCUCAAUGACGAAGGACUCCGACGAGAAAUGCUUCUCCGAGGUGUGAGAAAUUCCGGCCGUUCCAUCUUUUCUCUUUCACUGUCGGCUCCUUCACGGGGGCCGAGGCGAGUUUUCAUCUGAAAACUGAGAUGGAAUGUUUGCGUGUCUCAUUUCAUUGCCGUCGUUUCUCCGUUCCGAGUCCGGUUUUCAAAUGAAAACUGUGAUAUUUGUUUGAUGAGACUGCGCUUAUCAUCUCACCUCAGACAGAUCUCGACCCGCUCGGUGUCGAGCGACUGAACACUUUGUUGCAAAGUUUGACAACGGUUGUCUGUGAGGAAACUCGUGUUUUAAUCUGUUGGAAUUGAAAAAAAACAUCGUAAAAUUCUUAAUAUGUUGAGUCUCACGUCUGUGUAUGAUCUGCUAAUUGUAUAUGUCACGCGCGUAUCCAAAAUGGAUAUUUCCUCCCCGCUAUCUGAGAUUAGCAUACGAGAUAAUUCACUG